CACGACGAACUUGAAGAAACAUAUCGAAAGGUCGCAUGUAAUGGUGAACUUUGCGACAAAUUCUUCAAGAUCCGUCGACCCUGUGUUGCCAGAGCCAGGUGAAGCCUCUCUUGCAGUGGAGUUGCCAGAAGAAGGCACCACAGCCAGCAGCACACAGGGGGAAGCAGUUCCCUCCACAUCACAGCAUCAGACAGCCAUCACAGAAUACGUUCCCAAAAAGAUGGGACUGAUUCAAAAGAAGAAGGUGGAUAGCAAAUUAAUGGGUCUGUUCACAAAAGACUAUCAACCUUUCUCUAUUGUAAAUGACUCAGGAUUUCGUAGUUUUGUACAUGCACUGAAUCCUGCUUAUGAAAUACCGAGUAGAAGGACUGUAACAAAUGUAAUGUUGCCAGCAGCAUAUGCAGAAGCAAAUGAGAAAGUACAACAAAAGCUGCAAGGCAUAAAGACAAUCUGCCUAACAACAGAUUGCUGGACAUCAGCUUCUAAUGAAAGUUACAUGGCUGUAACUGGACAUUUCAUAAAUGAACAAUUCAGAUUACAGUCUGUACUGCUGGAAUGCAGUCAUUUCAGUGGUGCCCAUACCAGCUCAAAUUUGUCCACAGCUUUGAUUAAAAUUACAGACAAAUUUAGUCUUGGUGGCAAAAUUUUAAUGGUAGUCACGGACAAUGCACCAAAUAUAAAAAAUGCUAUUUCCACCAUUCUCAAGUGGAAACAUUUUGGUUGUUAUGCUCACACUCUUAAUUUAGUUGUGCAGGAUGCACUUAAAAAUGUUCAGGAAGUUCACCAGAAAGUCAAGACAAUUGUAGGUUUUUUUAAAAGGAGCAGCAGUGCAACAGAGCGGCUCUUAACAUGCCAACAGAACAGUGGCAAAGUAAACAUCAAGAAAUUGAUCCAGGACUUGCCCACAAGGUGGAAUUCAACCCUGUUCAUGUUGGAACGUAUUGUCGAAUUGUCAGAGGCAGUGAAAAUUACAGUUGCCCUUUGUAACAGGCCCACAGAUCUUCCGUCACUGUCAAAUGAUGAGUGGGAAAUCUGCUCCGAACUCUGUUCAAUUUUGAAACCGUUUGAGCAGGUUUCGAGGCAGCUCAGUGCAGAGGAUUACCCAACUGGCAGCUUGGUUAUAGUCCUGACACGUGGACUUCUGGCAGUAUGUGACGAAAUAGCCAAAAUGCAGUUACAUGAAGUUUCAAGGAAAGUUGUUUUGGCACUAAAAGAAGGGCUUACAAACCGGUUUUCGAAUCUUGAGCAGAGCAAGUCCAUUGCCCUUGCUACUCUGCUGGAUCCACGUUUCAAACUGCUGGCAUUUCAGAACCAGGCAGCAGCAGACAACACGAAGAAACAAUUAAUUAAUAUUGUUGCCCAGAAACUGGAAAAAUGUAGGCCAGUAGGUAUUCAGCCUUCACAAUCUGUUGAGCCAAACAAUUUGGCAACUGAAUCCUUCUCUGUGUGGGGCAUAUUCGAUAAGUUAGUGAAACAUGCACAGCCACAGGGCACAGUACAGUCAUGUGCUAUUGUAGAGGUUCAAAGGUACAUUGACAGCUCAGUCAUCAGUAGAAAUGAGGAUCCUCUGGCAUGGUGGAGACAAAAUCAAUACAUAUACCCAACCAUUGCAAAAGUAGUGAAAGAGAGGUUUAAUGUUGUAGCAACUUCUGUGCCUUGUGAGAGGGUCUUCUCAAAAACUGGACAUUUAAUAAAUGACAGAAGAACCCGCCUCAAGCCAUCGAAUAUAGAAAAACUAAUAUUUCUGAAUGCCAAUGGUACCUGUGAUUAGUGCUGUCUUGCAGAAAAUUCUGGACCCGUGUGAGGUUUGCUUCCAUGGAGGUAACUGGGCACUUUCAACACAAGCGAACAAGACCACACAACUGUAUGAUGCCUAUCAAUAUUACAACAUGUAACUGGGCACUUUCAACACAAGUGAACAAGACCACACAACUGUAUGAUGCCUAGCAAAAUGUAAAAUGUAACUGGGCACUUUCAACACAAGCAAGCAAGACCACACAACUGUAUGAUGCCUAGCAAAAUGUAAAAUGUAACUGGGCACUUUCAACACAAGCAAGCAAGACCACACAACUGUAUGAUGCCUAGCAAAAUGUAAAAUAUGUAACUGGGCACUUUCAACACAAGCAAGCAAGACCACACAACUGUAUGAUGCCUAGCAAAAUGUAAAAUAUGUAACUGGGCACUUUCAACACAAGCAAGCAAGACCACACAACUGUAUGAUGCCUAGCAAAAUGUAAAAUAUGUAACUGGGCACUUUCAACACAAGCAAGCAAGACCACACAACUGUAUGAUGCCUAGCAAAAUGUAAAAUAUACACCUUUCACUUACUGCAAGUAUUUCACUUUGGCAUAAAUGUGAGUUACAUCUCUAGCAUCAAAAGAUUGGUAACACAGACCACUGAUAUCACUUCCAAGACUGUGUUUUCUUUGUCAUAUUAGUUUCUGUUUGUUGAAAAACACAGAUUUAGUUUUGUUGAUAUAUGCACGAAAGGUGACAGAGGAACAGGUCAUACUGGGAGCAGUAGGUCUGUGACUUGGAUGCAGCACAGUUACUGAUUUGAUGCCAUUAAGGCACAAAGCUUUGUAAUGAUUAAAAUGGUGAGUGAAUGUAAAUCCUGGAAGUGUUAUUUCUUUAUACUAAAACCUGCUACUUUAAGUUAUGUUUCAGAAAUUUCUUGAGCACCUCGACUUGAAAAAUAACAGGAAUACCAUCUAGAAUAUUACAAGUGAGGACAGUCAGUCAAUGAUAAUCCAUGAGCUUAGGCUGAAGGAAAAAAAUUAUAUAUAUGUAAUAAAAGUUGAUUGUAAUGUGUGAUGUUGUAGACAUACAAUAAUCUGUUUUGUGCUAUCUUUUCCAUAAUGAAUUUGGUGACAACAUGUGGAUCAAAACUGGAAUGAGCAAAGAAUACCAACCAAAUUUAAGACCC